UUCACAAAAACUCGCUUCGACGACUUACGAAGCGAAGAAAGAGAUCGACACCGAAAAGACCACAGUUUCUUGUCGACAUUUUAAUCUACUUCUUGAUUGUUCUUCAGCGCACUCAUACAAUAUGGUUGACUUCGCCAAGCGUCCAGAAGUGACGGUCAGUACCAUGGGUAAACUCCAUAAUCCGACCGGCGAAGGGGUGCGAGCCAUCUCGAAUGAAGCAAAGGUCAAAGCAGCCAAGCAUUCGGCGGCUGUUGCCAGCGGAAUCACCAGAACCGAGGCCGAAUCCGCACACGACACCAAAGUCGGCAAGGAAGGGACUGCCAAGCGCAACAUUAUCCGCAAAAAGACGGCCGACAUAGACUCGGGUAACUACAACUCGACUCAUAAAAAGCAAGGCGGGCACGGAAAGGGUCAGUGGAAAGAUGCCAUGGACCCGACAUACGUGGAGGACGUCCCAAUCGAUGAAAAGGACCCCUUAUACAACGCAGCGGAAGAUUUGAAUCGAUACAUUCUGAGUAGUCACGUCGACGGAUCGGAUCAUCGGGGGUACGAUCCUCAGACGUCAAAAUCGGUAUACGGCCCCAUGCUAACGAAUCAGGAAUUCAAAGUGCAGGUCGCCGAGGCUCUGAAGGAAUAUUUUGACUCGUGCGAUGCGGAUGAAGUGAUUCGAACCUUGGAAGAGCUUGGAUGUCAAGAGUUCCAUCACGAGAUUGUCAAAAAGGCCAUUAGCUUGGCCAUGGACAAUAGCUCAAGGGAACGGGAACUGACGAGUCGCCUCUUGACGUGCCUACAUCCAACUCCUCUCUCCAUGGAACACAUGGAGGCCGGGUUCAACUUGCUUUUGGACUCGGUCGAUGAUCUCAGCACAGACGUACCGGAAGCGGAGACAAUGGUAGCUUCGUUUCUGGCGCGUGCCGUCGUGGACGAAGUGUUACCGCCCGCGUAUUUGUCGGAGCAGAACAAUGUUCGCGUAGGCGACAUGGUGAUUGCCAAGGCGGUCGCUUUACUGAGUCGCGAACACUGCACGGCUCGUCUCGAACGCGUGUGGGGUCCUGGCGACGGCCGCCCGGUGGAAGAGCUGAAGAUUGAAAUGGACCAGCUUCUACAAGAGUACCUCCACUCACGUGAGUUGGACGAGGCUGCACGGUGUGUCAAGGAGUUGCACGCCCCACAUUUCCAUCACGAACUCGUGAAACGGGGUGCUUUUGCCGCCAUGGAACUGGACGGCAAGAAGGAAGAACAAGAUCACGCCAAUUUGGACGCCAUGGCGGCCUUGUUGGCUUUUUUGGUGAAGAACGCGAUUGUCUCGGAAUACCAGGUCAAGAAAGGCUUGUCCCGACUGAAGGACGUCUUGCCGGAUAUGCAACUGGAUGUUCCGCUGGCACCAGCACUGAUGGAAGCCUUUGCGGGAUUCUGUGCGGAGCAGGGAUGCUUGCCCGUUGAGAAAAAAGUUGCAGCCGAAGUGGAGGAAGGAACGGACCAAGCCAAAUAGUGGAUUGUUGCUACUAACUACCCAGCAACAUCGAUACUUGUGCAUAGAAAAAUGAAUGGGAUCUUUUUGACCAUAGCUUCGGGUUCGCCUCGGACUAUAAGCACUCUUGAACGUUUCUUAGGACUACCUCACAGGCAUGAUCCGGAUAAAUAAACACUAGGUAGUCGUUGCGUACAAUGAUUC